AUGCAAAAUGGCUCCAAGUACGUCCCGCCGCACCUAAGGGGUGGUGGGGGCGAAGAAGGACCAGGUCCCGCUGUCGUCCAGCCUGCGGGGAUCCCUGGGGGACCGGGAGGACCAGUCCCUGUGCAAGGCGCCCCUCAACCCACCGGCGCUUGGGCUCCGCGGCCGGGGGCCGGCGGCUACCAGGGCGGCGGGGGGGGGUACCAGGGGGGCGGGGGAGGCGGGUAUGAUCCCGGAGGAGGUGGGGGGUACGGUGGCGGCGGCGGCGGCGGCCACGACCGUGGAGGUUACGGAGGCGGCGGCGGGGGAUACCACGGCGGGGGCGGUGGGGGAUACCAAGGAGGCGGCGGCGGGGGAUACCAUGGCGGGGGUGGCGGGAGGAAGUGGGACAGGGGAGACUUUCGCCCGGCCCCGCGCAACUCCCGUUGGAAUGACGGGGGAGGGGGGGGGGGGGGACGCGGGGGCGGAGGCAUAAACGCCAAAGGGUUCCACGGGAACAUGAACGAAGACCUGCGCUUGGAGAAGCAGCUUUUCAACACCACGGAACACGCCUCCCAGGGCAUCAACUUCGACCGGUACGACGACAUUCCGGUGGAGACCUCCGGGGAGAACGUGCCCGAGCCCAUCGACAGCUUCGAGCUGGACAUGCUCGGCGAGGACCUCAUGCGCACCACCAACCUCUGCGGCUACACCAAGCCCACGCCCGUGCAGAAGUACUCGAUCCCCAUCGGGAUUUCCAACCGCGACCUGAUGGCGUGCGCGCAGACGGGGUCCGGGAAGACCGCCGGUUUCCUUUUCCCCACCCUCAUCUCUCUGCUCAGGCGCGGGGGACCCCAGUACCCGAACGAUGGUCGAAGGAAGUCUUACCCGGUGGCUCUAGUGCUGGCGCCUACGCGCGAACUGGCGUCCCAGAUCUAUGACGAGGCUCGCCGGUUCUGCUACCGCACGGGUAUCGCGCCUGUCGUCAUCUACGGCGGCGCCGACGUCCGUUCGCAGUUCCGCGAGCUGGAGAGGGGAUGCGACCUUCUCGUUGCCACCCCCGGGCGGCUGGUUGACCUCCUCGAGCGCGGGCGCAUCUCUCUGGCAUGCAUCCAGUUCCUGGUGCUGGACGAGGCCGACCGCAUGCUCGACAUGGGUUUCGAGCCCCAGAUCCGCCGUAUCGUGGAGGAAGAAGACAUGACCCGUGUUGGUGAGAGGCAGACGUUCAUGUUCUCGGCGACCUUCCCUCGGGAGAUCCAGCAGCUGGCGGCUGACUUCAUGACCGACUACAUCUUCCUCGCGGUCGGCCGCGUCGGCUCUGCCUCCAAGGACGUUACCCAGACGGUGGAGUACGUGGACCAGAACCAGAAGUUCCCCAUGCUGCUGCGCACCCUGAACAACCUCGAGGCUACCGGUUUGGUGCUGGUCUUCACGGAGACGAAGCGCAACGCUGACUACUUGGAGUACCAGCUCUCCGAUCAAGGGUACCCGGCGAGCUCCAUCCACGGCGACAAGACGCAGAGAGAGAGGGAGGACGCGCUGCGGCUGUUCAAGACCGGCACUACCCCUAUCCUGGUGGCCACCGAUGUCGCGGCUCGCGGUCUGGACAUCAACAACGUGACGCAGGUGAUCAACUACGACCUUCCCACCAAUAUCGAUGACUACGUGCACCGCAUCGGUCGAACGGGCCGCGUGGGCAACGUGGGUAACGCGCUCUCCUUCAUGAACGAGAAGAACAGGAACGUUGCUAGGGAGCUGUACGAGAUGCUCGGCGAGAACCAGCAGGAGUGCCCGCAGUGGCUCGCUUCCAUGGCCAUGUACGGCGGCGGCGGCGGAGGGGGCGGCGGCGGGCGCCGCACCCGCGGGGGCUCCAAGGGCGGCCGCAACUUCGGCGCCAGGGACUUCCGGAAGGACGGCGGCGGUGGGGGAGGUCACGGCGGCGGAAGCAGGGGUGGAGGAGGCAGCGGAGGUGGCGGGGGCGGCGGCGGGGGCGGAGGAUACGGUGGUGGGGGAGGGUACGGCGGCGGCGGCGGGGGAGGCUACGGCGGCGGGUACGGCGGCGGCAGCUACGGGGGAUCCCGCGGCGGCGGCGGCGGCAGCUACGCCGGAACGGACGCGUGGUAAGCGGACCCCGCCCUACGCUUGCUGCCGCUGUUGGUUCGCUUACUUGACCAGCUUUGUCAAGGUUGUCGUCUCGCUGUGGUGAAUGAGCGGGUGGUCUUCGUUGUCGUUAGUGUCUCGAGAGCGAGCGAGCGUGGAUGAUGGAUCGAUAAGUCCCUCGAGUCGGUGGUGGCCAAGGGCCUUUCCCCUGCCCGCCGUCGCCGAGCAAGUUACGGACUGUCGCCCAAACAAGCGGCACGCACGCACCAAGGCACGACACAGGGCAGGGCAGGGCAAGAGCAAGCCAGGACGGGCGGCGUUUUGGGAGGUGGAAGGGACGCGUACUCCUACUACCCUUAGCCCAUUGCAGUACAGCGUUAUGUGGGGUCGGAUCGGGUAGUCUUUUGGGGGGGGGGGGGGGGGCGGGGGGGCGAGGGCGGUUGUUCUACCUUCACCAGUGUGCUGUGUUCCUACCUUCACCGGUGUGCGGUGUUCUACCUUCAGGGAGUGUGCAGGCUGUCUGCAGCGGAGGGAGUCGGCUGUUCUAGAAUGGAGCGUGGCGUUGGAUGGUGUGGGGCACGGCACGGGGGAGAUAAUACCAUGGUACAGGGGACGGUAGACCCGGGGCGCAGCACGUUUUUCCCCAUACGUCGAGGCGGGCAAAAAACGCGAGGGAAUAAAGGGUUUACUUUCUUGCGUGUUUUGCAGGAGUUAGUGCGAGGGGGGUUGUUGUUGCGCAAGGCAAGGGUUGGCGGAAUUACCGUCUUUCGUCGCCAGGAUCUGGGGGUGUUUUUUGGCGACUUUUUUGCGUCCUUCCUUUAUUUUUUUUGUUACUGUUUUUGUGAGGUUUAUUUAGGUAUGCCAGACGUGAGAAAUACUAGCAUGGUUGGCACUUUUGCACUUGAGGAGACUGCUUUUGCCUCUGUAUCGUGUCUCUCUUGUUGGUUACCAAGGCAUGAAGUGACACUGCUGUGAAUUGUCGAAAGAGAGCAAGAGCUAGAGGUGGUUCGAAGGGUGAUUCACUUAAAACCUGUCAAGAUUGAUCCGAAGAAUGAUCGGGACUUGCGUGUGGGGCAGCUUAGCGCCUUUUCCUACACAUGAGAGUCUGGGAAAAAGGAUAGGGGGAUGAUGCAAAGAGAUUUGCGGGGUGGGCGUCGGUAUCACGACGGCCAUCUCGGGGAUUCAAUUAUCGAAUUAUCGAGGGGUUUGUUUUAGUAUAUUGGUAUCAAUCAACAGAGUCACAGGCUACGGGCCUGCGACUCCCGGCUCGCGCUUGGAUUGCGGAGAGCGGGGGGAUUGCGCAGUGUCGGAGCGGGCGGGUUUGGGUGCAGAGGGAAAGAGAGAGGUUUGGGGCGGGAGGACGCCAACAACGGCCGAGAUUUUGCUCUGUUUAGAUGUUCCCUGUACACGUACCUCUCUGUCCGUCGGUCUCUUUUUCGUGUCCGUCCGGUUGUUUUGUUGGGCUCUUCAACCCCCUCAUAGCGCGCUCGGCACCAACAGUGGAAAGUUUUCCCGGAAAACCGUUCCAUGCAAAGAGGGCAACGCCGGAACACCACUAAGCUGUUUCUUGAGACGAGAAGGGGGGGGGGGGGGGGGGGGACGCGCACGGGAACGUGUCAACUCUGUGUGUGUUCGGUGUUCGUGUGUGUUUUGGGGAGGCUUGGUAGUGGGCAGGAUAGCGUGUGGUUAAACGUCCGACCGAGCGACCGUUUAACAUUUUGCCUCUGUUGGGUCUGUUGGAGUACCGUAGCGUAGUCCUUGCUUCCACGGCUGGCUGAUGAUGUCAAGAGGCCUGUUUUGCUAUUAUCGUGUUGUGCGUGUUUCGCAAAGCCGCACGGGAGAGGCCGGCACCUAUUUGCUGCUGCUGCUGCUGCUGCUAUUGCAGCCUGGACGAAGGGGCCGAGUGUACGGACGUAGCCCACCGCCUUGGCGUUUGCUGUGUAAGAAUGUCCCGGUGUCCCUAGUGUGUUGUCUCUUGGUCUGGUUUCGUCGUUUCGUUGGCAUACAUGCGAUUUGGAGGGCCAGAGGGCCGGCCACGGGUGGACGGCGAUCCACGCUAUGGCUGGCUGGCGAGAUCUUUCUAUUACAUACAUUCGUGAAAUGGCAUGCGUGCGUGCGUGCGUGCAUGUUUUUGUUUCUAGUACCCGUGCGGCGAAAAUAGGGAGAACAGUGACAUUUGAGGACCGAUUAGAACGCGAUUUGUCGGUCCUUUUGCUACUUGCGCGGUUCUGAAUGAACAUUCCUCGCGAUAUCAAGGCAAACACAGGGUGAAACGCCAAUCAAUCAGGGUGGUACCUUGGUGCAGGCGGGCGGCAGCAGGAACAACAUGCGCGAAAGAGAGCAGCGUCUACGUCUGUCUACGUCGACGUCGACGUGCCUUUUAUUUGUUAGUACACAGGAUGUCUUUUGUUUCGUUCGGUGUCAGUCUCGUUGUUGUUGGCUUACUCUCUUCUGUCUCUCUCGUUGUGUUCAUGCUUGCGCCUGCCUUCAUUUAUGAAUGCCUUUUAGUGAUUUGGAUGAUGGUGAUGAUGACGAUGAUGCGGGCGUGAAAGCCGUAAAUUAAUGGGGCUGUGUUGUUGUGGCUUGGCGGACGAAACCCGCUUGCCAGUGUAAGUCCUCCUCUUUCUGUCGGUCGUCGGUUCGGUUCGGUUCACAAAAGCAGCAACAGCGGAAGAACAAUGGGCGUAAGGAGUACCUACCACCACGUGGUCGGUGGUGUUGCACAAAUAUUAUGUAAGGGGGCACGGUGUGGUUUCGGGCCGUCUAGGUUAGGCUCGUCUCACGAACGAGUUGUUGUUGUUGGUUCGUGUCUGUCUUUGUCCGGCUGAAGAUAAAACAAAUGAACAACAAGUAAGUGCCAAGAUUUGAACGAUGAUUAAUAUGUCUAUCUCCUGCAACGUGUGUGCGGAAGUCAGUCUGUCUGUCAGCGUGUCAUGGCGUUGGUGCCCCCCUGUCCUACUAUUGGUGGUAUGUAUCUACCUGAAGUACUGCGAGGAAACACAUAAUAAUAACUUUAAUUCGUU